AAAUAUAUAUACAUAUACAUCUAUAUAUAUACAUAUAGUUGGCCAAUCGAAAUCGGAAUAUAGCUUAUCAGUCCAAAACAGAGUCCAGUUGGCACAGCCCGGUGAAAAUAAGGCAACAGUACAGUCGUACAGCUUCAAGUGAACACAAGUGGAAGAUUCUUCAGUUCCCGAAAUCCUCAAGUACCCGAAAUCCUUCAAAUCAAAAUAAUGGCAGCAAAGAGAAUGGAUUUAAAUAAACGCACCUUUUUGGUGUUGAGCGGCAGCUCAAAUCCUUUGGGUCAAUCCCUGGCGCUGGAGUUCUGCCGGCGCCUGGCCACUGGAUCCCUUGCUUUGAUCUUGGAUGAGGAUCAGGAGCAGCUUCGGGAGCUGGAGAAUCAUAUCCGGAGCGAACUGAAGACGGAGAACGUUAAGGUGACGACCGGAAAGUUGGACAAAGAUCACUCGAAUGGUGUGCAGCUAAUGGAACAGGCAUUGAAGGAUAAUUUCAUGGCGGACAAGGACAAUCAACGCUUCGAGCGAUCCAUAAUCCUUCACAAUGAGGGAAAGGCGGCCACGCAUGUGCUCCUCGAACCCCAGAGCGACGACGAUUGGAAGGCCUAUGUCCAGCAGCAGCUCUAUGCUCCGGUGGCGCUCAAUCAGACGUGGCUGCAAUCGAAGCACUUGGAGCGGGUGGAGAAGCUGGCGGUGAACGUUACCUCCUCGCUGAUGGUUCGUCCCUUGGUCCAUGCGGGUCUGCUCUGCUCCUGCAAGCGAGCCAGGGAUAUGUACUUCCGCGCCAUGGCCGCCGAGGAGUAUCGUUUCGGAGUCCAUGUGCUCAGCUUCUCGCCCGGUCUGAUGGACACCCACGAGGGACAGUGCGAUGUGAACGGCAAUCGGAUCACUCCCGCUGAUCUGAUCGCCUCGAAGAAGUUGCUCCAGCUGCCGAGGAUCAAGCCCUGCCAGGCCACACUUAAGCUGAUCAACAUUCUGGAGGAGAUAUCCUUUGUCUCCGGUCACGAUGUCGACUAUUACGACACCUUCGUUUUAUGAGUAGCACCGUGGCGGUGGGCUGCGUCCCCGAUGGACUCGGUUCUAUUCUUGGUUGACGAUUGGAAUGCUGUACAUGACUUGAUCGCCUUGGAAAUUAAUAAAAUCUGGCCAAUGACCCUGAUUUCAGACCUGCAAGUGCACGAAAAUCAAGCACACGAACAGGAAAACGAACGAAAAA